GUUUUGCAGUUAAUAGGCCUGCAGCCUGCCUGAUGCAUAGGUUAUUAUAUUGGAAUUUUGAUCAUGAUGAUUUUUUAAAUAAUAUUAUUUGCUUGCAUAACAGAGACCUUAUUUCAGUAGGUAAAUUAAAACAAAAUGGAAGGUGCAGACCUCAGUAAAAUGACAGCAGCUCAGAAGGAAGCUCUUAUGACCCAAGUAAAGCAGCAAAUGAUGCUCCUCAACACACAAGAACUUCUAUCUAAUGUCAUAGACCAGUGCUUUACUAGAUGCAUCCCUAAGCCUGGAUCAUCUUUGGACAAUUCUGAACAGAAAUGCUUAGCAAUGUGCAUGGAUCGAUUCAUGGACAGCUGGAACUUGGUGUCUCGAACCUAUGGCGCAAGGUUGAGCCUUGAGAAGAGUAAAUACUAGUCCUCGUCAAUAGGCACCAUGUUUGCUACAUAAUGUGAAUAGUUCGUUUUUUAGACCCUCAUGUCCCUAAUUACUUUGCCAUUGUUUUCAAUUCAAGACACAACUUUGUAAACUUUUUUUAUUGUCUAGCUUCCAGAUUUGAUUCGGUUACCUGUGUAAAAUAAUGAUAGGAUCUGAUAACAUGUACCGAUGAAUGCUGCUGGAAACCUGAAUUGUUUGGUAUUUGUGAGUAAAAUAACAAUGUAAGCUCAGUUUUGUCCGAUGCACUUACUAUUGGCAAGAAAAAGUGCCAAAGCGAAUCGAACAUUUUUUCACGCAUCAGUUAGAAUAUUUUACAUUGUAUUUAAGAAGCUGUUAUAGGUUUCCUGUAUAGGUAAAUGAAUUAUGUGUUAUUGUU